CACUACGACGCUGCAGGCGCUUUUGAGCCGUUAGUCGUCGGCUGCGACUACAACGAGUGGUCUUCGGAGCGGCCUCUUAUUUCUCGAUUCACAGGCUUCUGUCGUGCGUAUCACUAGCUCUGCAGAGUCGAGGAUUAGGCAGUAGGCAGCCGCUCCAGCUCGAAGGCAGUGAACGAGCAGGGAGCAAGUCCCCGUCGGGCAGUGCAAGAAACGAAAGAGUCGCGAUCCAGUCCCACAAAGCGUGUGGCCACUCCGCUUUUCUCCCCCAAGCCGAAUUUCACUUUUCAAAAAAGCACAAUGCUAGCGCUGGGCUGCGAGGGGUCGGCCAACAAGCUGGGCAUGGGGGUGGUGCGCGCCGACGGCACCAUCCUGAGCAACCCGCGCUGCACGUACAUCACGCCGCCGGGCCACGGCUUCCUGCCGCGCGAGACAGCGGUGCACCACCAGCAGCACAUCCUGGCGCUCGUCACACGGGCGCUGGAGGAGGCCAGCAUCACCCCAGCGGACAUCGACUGUCUGUGCUACACCAAGGGCCCGGGAAUGGGCGCCCCUCUGCAGUCCGUGGCUAUUGUCGUGCGCACACUCGCCCAGCUGUGGCGCAGGCCCAUAGUCCCUGUGAACCACUGUGUGGCGCACAUUGAGAUGGGGCGCUGCGUCACGGGGGCCAAGGACCCUGUUGUGCUCUACGUCAGCGGCGGCAACACACAGGUGAUCGCCUACUCCGAGGGGCGCUACCGCAUCUUUGGAGAGACCAUCGACAUCGCCGUGGGCAACUGCCUGGACCGCUUUGCGCGGGUGCUGAAGAUCCCCAACGACCCCAGCCCGGGCUACAACAUUGAGCAGCUGGCAAAGCAGGGCAGCAAGUACGUGGAGCUGCCGUAUGUGGUGAAGGGCAUGGACGUGUCGUUCAGCGGCAUGCUCAGCUUCGUCGAGGGCCUGGCGGACCAGAUGGCCGCACCUGGCAGCACCGUGGACUACACCCCCGCCGACCUCUGCUUCUCGCUGCAGGAAACCAUAUUCGCAAUGCUGGUGGAGACGACCGAGCGAGCGAUGGCACAUUGCAACAAGAGCGACGUGCUUAUAGUGGGGGGCGUGGGCUGCAACAUUCGCCUGCAGCAGAUGAUGCAGCAGAUGUGCUUAGAGCGAGGGGGGAGGCUCUUUGCCACUGACGACCGCUACUGCAUCGACAACGGUGCCAUGAUUGCAUACACAGGGCUGCUGGCAUUCCAAUAUGGGGGGAUGAGCAUGACUGUGCCUUUAGAGGAGUCCACUUGUACGCAGCGGUUUCGAACAGACGAGGUGGAAGCAGUAUGGAGAGGAGCGGAGAGGAGGAAAGAGGAUGGGGGAGAGACGAGAGAUGUGGAGAGAGGAGAAGAUGUUGCAGCAGCACGGCCAGGAGCUGCCACAGUGGGUGGUGAGCGCAAGCAUCGGGCUGUUGAGGAUCAAGAUGGGGUGGGAAGUGGUGAGGACAAGGAUCAUGCAGCUGGGCAUGAGGGGUUGGGAGCGGUGGAUCGUAUGGCAGGGCAUUUAGAGAAGAAGCUCAAGGCAGGGGAAGAUGCAGUCAGGGGAGAAGGGGGUGCAAUGCGAGAUGAGCCCGCACUAAUGACUCUAGGUUAAAUUACCCUGUUGAAUACGAGUUUACAUAGUUUUUUUCCCCCAAAUUAACGCUAAGUGGUAUUUCUUCUCCAAGGUAUAGUGAACGUCUAUGCGAGUGAUGCUUGUCCAUAAUUUGAGUUCUAAAUGC